ACCCAGGAGUUCGAUGGGACGGAUAGGAGCAGCACCAUUCCUCCUUAAAACAUUCCCUGCAACCCUAGUGCUGCUUCUCCCUCCCUGCCGCCGCCACUCCUUUCUUCUUCUCGUCGCUCGCUCUUCUCCUCCCGAUUUCCAAGAGAAAACAGCAGCCGCUGCUUCCGUCCGUACGUCGCCAGCGUGCUCGCCCAAGCUCGCGCCGCGCCGCCGCCUCUUCGCGUCUCCGUCGACCUCUGCGUCAUCGUGCUCCUCGCGCGCGAGCUCAUCUCUGAAACGUUGUGCGUCUUCCUCUGCUCCAACCACGUCCCCGCCACCAGAACGCCCGGGUCCUCCUUCUUGUGUACGUUCUCCGCUGCACCCGGGCCUCCCCUGACUCGGCAGGUCAUCCUCGAUUUUCUCCGUCAAGCACGCCGCCACGUUCCUGGACGCAGUGCGUCCAGUCGACGUCUGCGACUCUGCAUCCAAGCUCGCCUCCGGCCGCCGCCUUGGCCAUGCUCGGCAAGCUGACCGGCGCCUCUUCAACUACCACUGUUGCUCGCGUCCUCCGUCCUCCGUCCUCCGUCACCAGCGACCUCGUCUGCAAGUCCGUCCACGUCCGCAGCGCCACAGCUACGGCUCCCUGCAUCGCUGUUCGUCUUCCCCGACGCCUCCGGGUUCUUCUCAAGGUCCGUCUCGCCAGCGCACUCAAGCGCGUCCGCGGCACCGCGCUGCUCACGUCUUGGUCGCUACUUCUGCGUCUUCCUCGUCGGACACGUCCGUCACGGCGUCACCGGCGUUGUGCAUGCCAAUCUCUGGCUUCGUAUGGUUUAAAACAACGCGUGAUGUAUCCUGGGAAGUUGGGUUCUGCCCGUCAGUGUCUUGGGUUAUCUCUUCACCAGUGAGAAAAGGAUCAGCAUUCAGCGCCAAUCAGCUUCUUACCUGGCCCAUGGGUCAGCCUCUCAGCCUCGUAUCUUCCUGGCAUUUGCUUCUUCCCGGAUAGGAUCACGAAGUGGUGUGGUGAGAUACGACAAGUUCUCCGGAUGUCCCUCGGCAAGCUUUAACAGGCAAGCAUUUCCCCUAUACUCCUGCCCCUGCAGAAGUCGCUUACCUAUUUUAUUUUGCCUUCUUCCUCAUGCUAGCUUUAAGUUGCGUUCUUGUCACGUGUCCCUUCCACUUGUUACCUCAAGCAGCCUAUAUUGCCUCCACCAACCACCUACAGCUAUUGUUUGGUUAUCGGGUCUGCCUUGCGAGUCGUAGUGCAUGCUAGUGCUGUGUUAUCUCGUUACCGUUACCGCUAUCUUAUCGGGUUAUCGGUUGGGAAUCAUGACACAUGGUUUAUGGACAUAUCUGUUGAGGGUAUCAUGGUUACUUUAAUUGUUAAGCGGAGGCAUCGGUGGGUCAGCUGAUCGUUUUGUGACGGCUCACUUGUGUUUCUUUAAAACCUAGGACCCCGAGUUCUUGUUAUCUUUUCCGAGACUGAGCGCUCUAACCACACGUGGGUAUGUUUCUGGGUCUCCCCUCGACCACUGCCGGAAUCUACAGCUUUGUCCAGUGGCCACAACUAGUUUACAUGUUUUACCAUUUGUUGUUUGCGUGCAUGCUAGCCUGUUACUUAUUUACUUUGGGAAGCCCCCGGGUGCCUUGUAUCCCU